UGGUUCCCGUGGCCAGAUAAAAUUACAUGUACACUUGAUAUUCUCAUGCACCUCCCACGUUCAGUUUUUUCAGAGCGACAAAUUGAUAUCUUGCUGUGGCUACUUCGGGUCAAUAAUGUAGAUGACGUGCCUUCUGUAAAGUCUGUCAAACGCAUCGAAGACACAAUUCAAAGAUUGUGUGGUAUACGCUCGAUUCCUUAUGAUGGCGCUCUUGGGCAUAGGUACUAUGUUAACUCAUUGGCUGAUCUUAUUCAGCAGGAAAUGAUGAAUCCUCGAGUUCGCCCGCUGCUGCACUUUUACCCUGAAGAUGCUGGUACGAAACUAAAUGAAGCUUGGCAAGCCAAACACUGGCUCGAGGAACUUGAUCCGGAGCUACUUACACCUGUUGUUCGACUGCAAAAUCAAGAUUUCUUCAUUUUCGAGCCUGCAUUAUUAACCAGCGGCCAAGCCUGCAUGCCGUUUCGCUGGUUCAUUCGUUGCAAGAAAAUGUAUGCUAGGGCUUGGCGGUUGCAGCCAGUUGCUCGUGAAAUGAAUUGCGGGUGGAUCGUACAACAAUUUCAAUCAUUCGAGGUAUCAGAAGACGAUCUCCUUGUAUCAUUCAAAAACUGGGAUUCAAGUGGUGCAACAUCUGGACUACCUCGUGCAUGCCAUAUAUAUGGCAUUGAACGUGAACUGGAUGGCGAACUACAGCCAUGGACAUUGACUAAUCCUGUCGAAGGCAAUCAAUGGCGUAUUCGGGCUUCUGGUGCUCGUGUAUAUGCAAUGCCUAUCUGGUUAUACUGUGACGACACAUCAGGCAACUUAUCGAAAAAGUGGAACAAGCAUAAUUCCUUUCUUUUUACGCCUGCAGGAUUACCACGAACAGCAGUCCAUCAAGAGUACAAUGUUCAUUUUCUUUGUACUUCGAAUCUUGCCCCUCCGCUCGAGAUGUUGGACGGCAUUGUCGACCAACUGGAAAACGCAUGGGAGCAUGGCAUCUGGGCCUGGGACUGUGUCCACGAAGAAUAUGUUCUUGUCAUUCUGUCAGUAUUGGCGUUGCUCGGAGACAACCCCAUGCAAAGUGAGAUGGCCUGUCACAUCGGUUCAAUGGGAAAGUAUUUCUGCCGGAUUUGCAAAGUUAAGGGUCAUGGUACAGUGGCGAAGGAGAGUAAUUCUGCGCAAGAUACCACACGAGCCGAAGAUCACGAUAACAACAUAGCGAGGAGUUUAUACGAGACUCGUAAUGAUGCUCCUCUAAAGUCUGCACGGAAAUGCACAAAAGAAACUAUGGAAGAGUUGGUAACUCGGGUCAAGCAGUUCGUCAAGAUAGGAGAAGCACGCUGCAAGGACGAAACUGUAGCUGAACUUAAGUCAAUGUUUGUUGAUGCAUCAACGGUUGGGAACCAGACCAGGAUCAAGCAAAGGAAGACCGCCACUGGCAUUAAAGACACUUUCCUCGAAUCGUUUUUGAAUUGCCUCGCUCAGUCAUACAGCAAAAUUCGUGGAGGCAAUAGUGUGAAGCAGGAAGCACUCAACAGGGUAAAAGAGAUGUUGCCCGCAAAUGUCAUCAGUCCAGUGUGGCGAGUCAAAGGUCUUGAUCCUCACACGGACACGCCCGUGGAGAUUCUCCAUACUGUCCUUCUGGGAUUUGUCAAAUAUUUUUGGCGUGAUGCCAUCUCAAUACGGAUUGGACAAAACAAGUUGAAGCGUGAGCUUUUGGAGACUCGCCUCUCCUCUGUUAAUGUUGCAGGUCUUGGACUUAGCAAUCUCAAUGGCCACACGCUAGUUCAGUAUGCAGGAUCUCUUGUUGGUCGUGAUUUUCGUGCCAUUGCACAGAUUGCACCCUUCGUCCUCCACGACUUGGUACCAAAGGAUUGUUACGAUACCUGGGUCGCACUGUCAAAUCUGAUGCCACUCAUUUGGCAGCCUGAAAUCGAUGAUUGCACAGAUCAUCUGAACAAACUCACAGUCGCCAUUGACAACUUUCUCGCAUGUACUGCCAUGUGGACCCCUCGAUGGUUCAACAAAUCCAAGUUUCACAUAAUAUUACACGUUGUUGAUCAUAUUCGACGAUUUGGGCCAGCUGCUUUAUUUGCAACAGAGUCUUUUGAAUCAUUUAAUGCAGUCAUCCGAGCAAAGAGCAUUCAUUCGAACCAUUGUGCUCCUUCUCGGGAUAUUGCACAUUCUUUUGCUCAUGGAAGUCGUAUCCGCCAUAUCCUCUCUGGAGCACGAAUACUUAUCCGUGAUCCCAAUACCAAAGCCCACAACUCUGAGUCUAACAGCCCUGUCCAGUUCGAAGUCUCCAAUUCUUCGUCAGACAUACAUGGACUACCCAAGUCAGAAGUCAAUGUUGUCGUUGGAAAGGGCCCAUUGACUCUCAUUCGACGACCAAAUAUUAUCACAGAUUAUCUUGGACUUGACACUCUACAGGACACUACAAAAUAUGGAAAUAAUUUCCGAACGUGCAAGUCUGUUGUUCUUUUUAAUGGAGAUAUUUGUAAAAUUGGAGACUGGGUCCUUGCAGUCAAUCACACUGCAGAACAGUCUCCCAUAGUAGCAUGUGUCCGAGAACUGAUUCAGCGCAAAGAUUCUGAAGCAGAUAUGUGUCUACAUCCAGAUGCAAUACUUCUCGAAUGUGGCAUUAUUGGUGAAUCAGUUGCAUCCUACUCGAUGCCUGCUGUAAGGCCACAUGGGGGAUUUUUACUUUAUCCUAUUGAGCAAAUUUUAUGUACAGCAAAUCUGCAACAUCAAUGUCAACUGCACAAAUGUGCAGCAUCAGGCACUGAUUUCAUUUAUGAAGAACGUGUCAAGACUUCAAAAACAAAGCUUGCGAUACAUCAUAGUGGGGAUCCUGGUGACCUCAUACUCAACACUGCGCAAAUGCAUAAUGCAAAGCACAUGCAGGGUCUUCGGAUACCAAUUAGGCAACCAGAUAUGAAUCUUGCAAUUCUUGAAGGUGCUGCGAGGGAAAUUCGGACACGUACUAAUGACACCACAAGUGGAGCACCCUUGACAUCUACCUCAGUGCGUGGACGAGGUGGACGAGGUCGCCAAGUUAAUACAUCAUUACAACAGCAUAGUCAGGUGUGA